GAUGUUCUAGCUCCCGAGGGUUUGACUUAAUGGCGACCUAGUUCAACAGCAGUUACACUCAUGGAGUCAUCCUUAAAGAGGGCCUUGACAGGAGAGGACACAGAAGCUUCAAGUGGCUUCUCUCCUGAAGCUAAGUAUGCGAAAGCUCCGGAUGGAAGCCAUGUCUCAAUGCCAACUGUGACAGGCAAUACAGUUCAUGGAAACAUCAACAACUCACACAAUCAUUACCAUGGUCUUGGGGUUUCUGCUCCGGCAACACCACCACAGGACCCUGAUCAUACCUCAAAAAUAAAUGAAUACAAAACAUCUGUCUGCUCCACAUAUAAAAAAGUGAAGGAGUAUAACUCUGGACCUGGUGAGAAUGUGCUGCUGGCUGACCGCUACACUGAGCUGCUGAUCGUUGAGACACACAGAAAGCAGAGAGAAAGAGAGGAGGAGAUCCGUUCUAGAGGAGAACAUCACCAGCAGGUCUUAAAAACCAGAGACAGUGAAGCGUACAGCAGAAUCACUGUUGACCAGUUGUUCAAACCCGAUGACGGUGGAGAUGUUCCAAAGGCAGUCAUUCUCCAGGGCCACUCUGGACAUGGCAAAUCCUUCACUGCUCAGAAGAUCAUGUACGACUGGUCCUCAGGAAAAGUAUUCAAAAACCAUCAUCUUGUUUUUCACCUUAAAUGCAAAGAGCUUAAUGAAAUCUCUGAGGCACACAGUCUGGUGGAUCUCCUGAGUUACUCUCCAAGCUUCACCAGUGAGACAGCAGAGGUGCUGAAAGACUCAAACAUGAAAGUGCUCUUCCUCAUUGAUGGCUUUGAUGAGCUCAAGUUCUCAUUUGAGAAAACUAGCACAGUACCACCUAAAGACCCUUUCACAAAAGCUCCUGUUGAGGCCACUCUGAAUGCUCUGCUGAAGGGGCUGGUCCUGCCUAAGUGCUUCCUGCUGGUCACCACCAGGUCCACUGCUUCAGACAAACUGAGCGAUCUGCUCAGUGAUUCUCAGCGUUUCACUGACAUCCUAGGCUUCACUGAGGAGGGGGUGAAGGAGUACUUCCAGAGGUUUUUCAAAGAAGAAGAAGCAUUCAACUGUGUGAGGACCAACGAGACUUUGUACACUGCCUGCUUCAUCCCCGUCAUCUGCUGGAUCACCUGCACAGUAUUCAGGGAGCAAGAAAAAGGAGGCAUGGACAUCAUUAAGGAUCUAGAAACAACCACCUCUAUAUUUAUGCACUUUGUGUCCAUUCUGCUGAAGCAUCAUUGCCAGGGUUUGAGUCAGCCUGAAACACUGCUGAGGAGCCUUGGCCAACUGGCAGAGAAAGGGUUACAGGAACAGCAGGUCCUGUUUGAUGAGAAGAGUUUGUCUGAUGCUUUCCCUGAUACAUCCCAAGAAACCAAAUACAAUCCUUUCCUCUGCAAAUUCUUGCUAAGGAGGAAAGUCAAACAGGAAAGAAUGUACAGUUUCAUGCAUCUGAGCUUCCAGGAGUUCUUCACUGCUCUCCAGUACCUGAUGUUGGAGAAUGAGGAAGAGGCACUUAAAAAACUACGGGAGUUGUUUAGAAACGUUAAAUGUUUUAAACCUGUCGUUCAAUUCCUUUUUGGUCUUUCAAACAGAGACAUUUACCCACACCUGAAAAAGCAGUCCUGGGCAUCCAUUCAAGUUUAUCUGCAGGAGUGGCUUCUAAGCGUUUUGGAAAAGCACAGCAUGCAUCAAGAGGGUAUGCUGCAUAUACUUCAUUGUCUCUAUGAGCUCCAUGAGGAGGAGUUUGUAAGGGAGGCCAUGGGAGUCUGGGGAGAGAUGAAGUUUGACUUCAUUCCCCUGACGAGGACAGACUGCUGGGUGCUGCUGUACUGCCUGCAGUGUUGCCCGACCAUCAGAAGCCUGAAGCUCAUGUGGUGCAACAUAACAGCAGAGAAGCUGAGGAUGCUGCAGCCUGCACUGAGCAGGUGUGAGGAACUGGGGUGAGUGUGUCUCUGAAGAGAGAAAUGUGUCUUCAGAUUGCAUAAUAU